AUGAACUCGAGCGUCCCAUGGCGUGAAUCCCGUUGGCCAGCUCCAGCACCCUCUGCUGUGCCUGUCCCUUUUCCAACUGCGACCCCUGCCUAUAUCCCAGUACAAGCACGCCGUAGUCUGGCACAUAGCAAAUCAACCCAGCCUGCCACAAAUGGAUACCCUCCCCAGCCCGCCAUGCCAUCUACCGAGUCGGAUCCGCGACCUCGAAUGGAGUUUCCACCGGCUGUCCGCAGCUACGUACAACGGUGUUUUGCCCCCGAGAACCAGGUCGCCAGCGUCGACACCAAGGAGAUGCAAGAGAAACUCCGCUUUGUCAUCACCGACGCCGCUGAAAACCACAAACUAGAGAUGAUAGACUGGGAGCGUCUCGCUCUGCCGCAAGUCAUGAUCCAGAAUGAACGCAAUAAGAUCCUGGCCAACCCGAGUGUCUCCCACUGGGGCAUGUCCAGUCAACCAUCCUCCCCAGGGGAUGCUUCGCGCAAGCGAAAGUCGACCGACAUCCAUCAAACCGAGAACUCCCCACCAUGGAGAAAAGCUAACAAUAAUCGCAAUCGUUUUGAAGACAGAGUCACUCACCCUUCCACAGAGAAGCGCCCCCGCAUGACCACAGAUGACUCGAGUAAGUCAAAAGCUAAUUUGGAGAUGAGGAAGCGGCGUUUUGAGGGUGCCGGCGCCACCUACGGAAAUUCGGGCACCUCUUCCCCUGUCGACUCUCCGGCGCGCAGUGAACCCGACCAAGGACCCGUGAUUGGCCGAUGCCAGAAAUUGGAGAAGAACUACUUCCGUUUAACCUCUGCCCCGAACCCGGAUACUGUUCGCCCACUGCCCGUUCUCCGAAAGGCCUUGGAUCUUUUAAAGAAGAAAUGGAAGCAAGAGAGCAACUACACCUACAUCUGUGAUCAGUUCAAGUCCCUCCGCCAGGAUCUGACGGUUCAGCACAUCCGGACCGACUUCACAGUGACCGUAUAUGAGAUUCACGCACGUAUCGCCUUGGAGAAAGGGGAUCUUGGUGAGUAUAAUCAGUGCCAGACUCAACUCCGGGUACUUUACGCGCAAUCGCUAGGCGGGAAUCCGACGGAGUUCAAGGCGUAUCGUAUUCUCUAUUUCAUUUACACCCGCAACUGGACGGCCAUGAACGAUGCUCUAGCCGACGUGACUGCUGCAGACAAGAAGAACGAGGCUGUUAAGCACGCCCUCGAUGUGCGCUCCGCGUUGGCACUCGGCAACUACCAUCGCUUCUUCCAGUUGUACCUAGAGACGCCCAACAUGGGCGCCUAUCUCAUGGACAUGUUUGUCGACCGCGAGCGCUUGUCUGCCCUGGCCGUCAUGUGCAAAGCGUACAAACCCGAUGUGAACAUCCGUUUCAUUACAGAGGAACUCGGUUUCGAGUCGGAUGAGCAGACCGCCCGUUUCGUCUUGGAACAUGCCCCAGCAGAACUCCUUGAAGAGCGAAACGGGUCCGUCAGGCUCUUGACCGGCAAGGCCGGGCUCGUCUUCGAACAAGCCAAAUCUGAAGCGCACCGUGUCGUCGACAUCAAAGGACAAAUCUAA